AUGCUUCUCUCCAAAUCCCUCCUUUUGUUCACCGCCACCUUUGGCCUUGUAUUUGUCUCUAAUGUGCAUGGCGUCAAAAUGUCAUCAAUUGAACAAUGUCCUGCUCUCAAGCCCAGAACCACUGCUCCAAAGGGUGUGACUGAUCUACGCCCAGAUGAUAUCACUGUUAUUGGUGCCAUCGGUGACAGUAUUACUGCUGGAUUUGCUGCUGAUGGUAUUCAAGGAGAUUCACUUCUCAAUCUCAAGUCAAUUUAUGAGUACCGUGGUGUCAGUUAUGCUGCAGGUGGUGAUCCUGGUGCAAUUACUAUUCCAAAUCUUAUCAAGCGAUACAGCCCCAAGCUUCUUGGACCCUCAGUAAAGGAGCACCUGGCCGAGCUGUGCUUUGGCCCUCUAUGCGCUCCCAACCAAUAUAAACCAAGCAUGGAUGUUUUGAAUGCUGCUCAAUCUGGUGCAAUGGCUCCUAAUCUUGAUGAUCAAGUUGAUUAUCUCUUGCCAGCAAUCAAGAACUUGCCAGGCGUCAACUACACCCACGACUGGAAGCUUAUUAAUAUUCAAAUUGGCAGUAAUGAUCAGUGUACUUAUUGCCUUGAUCCCGUUUUCCAAUCUUUGGGAGCCAAGAGUUACGGAGAGAAUGUUGUUGCUGCAAUUGAACGUAUCCGAACUACUGUUCCUCGUGUGCUUAUCAACUUGAUGAGUACAUUCAAGGUUUCGCAAGUCUAUACCCUGACAGCCCAACAAGAGUACUGCAUGCCCUUCAAGGAUAUCAACUUCAAGUUGAACACCUUUGAGUGCAUGUGCUCCAUUAACCCCAAGAAGCGUCCACAGAUGGAUGAAAUCUCUGAUGCUUACAAUGCUCAGUUGUUGAAAAUCUUCAAUGACUACAAGUCCAAGAGCACAGACAGUUUUGGUGUAAUGUACACACCCGUGCCGGUUAAUAUCACUAGUUUCCCCAUCGAUGGACUCAGUGACAUUGAUUGCUUCCACCCUAGCACAAAGGGUCAUCAGUGGGUGACCAAGGCUCUCUGGAAUACGAUGUUUGUUCCCUUGGCCAGUAAGCCUACCGUUUUGAAUUUCGAUGAGCAGGAACAGGUCUAUUGCCCUACUGAAACUGAUCGUAUUGGAAGUUAA